AUGUUUGUUUUUGAGAAGGAUCAAUUAACGACAUCAGCACCUUCUUUCGAUACUGUAUUGACGGCCUUUGAUUUAAGCGAUGAAACUCAACUUCCAAGAUACCAAAUUAAUCGAGAAACUAAGCGACACAAGACCACUAUUGAAUCGAAAUAUUUUUAUUUUCGUAUUUCGACAACUCAGCUGAAUAAUUAUUUUCAGAAGGUGGCGUUUAGGACGCCUCGAUUUUGGGAUUUUUGGUUCAGAUUGGGUGUAUUUGUCGGUGUAGGGAUAUUGGUGAUUGGAAUUGGAUUGAUGCUUUUUGCUGCGCGAGAGGUUUUUCUUGUCUUGUUUACUGCGCAACGAAUGGAACAAACAGAAAUUAUUAGCAAAGCUGUUUCUAAACGAGAUAUUUUAAGAGUGAAUCCUAGUGCUGGAUCAACGUCAACUCAUAUUCAUCAUUUUACAAAUGUUUUGAUUCCUGGACUUACAAUACCAUGGUCACAUCUGGUCUACAUUUUGUUCGCAUUGCUUGUAUGUGGAAUAUUUCAUGAAGCAGGUCAUGCGAUAGCAGCUGCCAAAUAUUCUGUCCCGAUGAAAUCGGUUGGAAUAUUCUUCUACGUUCUAUACCCGGGUGCAUUUGUGGACAUCCCGAUGCGUAAACUCACCUCUCGUCCUUGCUUCCAGCAAUUAAAAAUAGCUUGCGCAGGAGUAUGGCAUAAUGCUGUACUUUAUUUUCUUGGCGUAUUACUAAUUAGCGGUGGAAUUGUUCCUUAUGUGAUGGGAUUGACUUUUUGGAAGCCAGUUGAUGGAUGGGGAGUUAACGUCAUCUCCGUAGAAAAGGACACACCACUUUCGAAGCAUUUACGCCCGUCAAACCUUAUCACUCGUCUCGACGACUACCCAUUAUCGGAAUCCUCGCUUGAGCAAUGGAAUAACUUUCUAUUAAACCACGACAAAAUAUUCGACGACGCCGACUGGAAGGGGUUUUGUUCUCUCGAAGCAAACGCCGCUUCAACCUUAGACUGCUGUGACAUGUCGCUUGAAUUCCCAUUCGGAAAAUCGACGAAUGAAUCGUUAUCGUGCUUUGAACACAUCGAUGACGGAAAACAAUUGAUUUGUCUUCCAUCUGUACCUACCGUUCGUAAAGAUGCUCAUCGAUGCUCGACAGAUAAGGAUUGUGUAGCAUCUUCAAUUGGUCAUGAUUGCGUCAUACCUUAUACGCCAAUUGAUUCCACCAAAUUGUUACGUAUAUAUUAUCAUGAUUCUCCGUGGGUUACUGAGACGAAGGAACAACAGGAUGGUGAGGUUUUUGAAGAAAAGAUGGUGUUGUUCUUUGGACGGCUGGAAGAAGUUUUACAAAUUGUGCAAGUAAGUGAUUUGCAACCUCGUUGGUGGUUUAUCCCAGAAUGGAUUCCAGUCAUUUGUGAAUUAAUGCUAAGUUACACGACCUCCGUCUCACUUGGUCUUUGCAUUCUAAACAUGCUGCCCGCAUUCCACAUGGACGGAUACUACGCACUAUCGGCAAUCUUGAUCUGGAUGCUAAAAAGUAAUGAACAUCGCGACCACUUGAUGAUGUAUGGCGGGGGCGCAAGUAGUGAUGCGCGUUUGUUGAAGUGGAUUGCGUGGGGUGCUACGGCGCUGGUUACGUGGGUUUUAUUGGGAACUUUGAUAAUUGCUUUGCGUGGAUUAUAA